CAACCAAAGAAGAAGAAAAAAAGGAAAAAAUCUCAAAAUUUUAAUUUUAAACUCUUAUUCUUAAUUUCCAUUGAACCAAACACGACCUUGAAUUCUUCUUCUCCAUGAUUCCACUGAAAACUCAUCAUCAACCUUCUUCUUCCUUCUUCUUCUCUUCCAUUUCCAAACCUAACACACUCCACACUAUCUCUCUCCAACCACACUUUCUCUCUCUUCCACAAUCUCCACCACUCAAAUUUCCUCUCAAAUUCAAACCCCUACCGUUCUCUCCUUCACUCCCUCUUCAAAGGGUUUCAAAAAUUGAACUUUCAAUUUGCAGCAAUGAUGAAGAAUUUCAGGAUUUGUCACCAAAAGGGGAAGUUUAUCAGAAGACACUGCAGUUGGUUGAGUGUUCCAUGUUUGCUGCACUCACUGGUUUGGUCUAUUUCUUGAGCAACUCUCUUGCCAUUGAGAAUUACUUUAGUUGUUUCUUCUCGUUGCCAAUAGUGAUAUCGUCGAUGAGAUGGGGUGUUGAUGCCGGAAGAAAAACUCUGGUGGCAACAACUAUACUUUUGUUUGUCUUGUCUGGUCCAGUAAAAGCUCUAACCUAUCUGCUUAAGCAUGGUAUAGUUGGUUUCACAAUGGGUACUCUGUGGAGGUUGGAAACAAGUUGGAGCCUGUCAAUUUUCUUGUGCACAAUUGUACGAUCAAUCGGCGCAGUUGGCUUUGUCUUGAUUUCAUCUUUCUUGAUAAGGGAAAAUAUACUAGCUCUGAUCACCAUUAACAUUCAUGCUUCUCUUACAUUUGUGCUCACUGCCUCUGGUGUCAAUUUCAUUCCUUCAAUGAACUUCAUAUAUACCCUUUUUGGGAUUUUGGUUUUGUUGAAUAGUGGAUGUUUCAUGUUCUUACUCCACAUGUUGUAUUCUGUUUUCCUUACUAGAAUGGGAAUGAAGGCUUCACUGAAAUUGCCAAGAUGGUUAGAGAAGGCCAUAUAAGGCCUAUGUACAAAGGGGUCUCAAAAUAUGAGAGUGCUAUCAGAUUUUGGGUGUGUUAGGUUUAAGGUACAAAAAAAAAAUAUCAGAGUUGUCGAAAUGCAAGAAAAAUAAGAGAAUUGGUGCAAUUUUUCAAAGUUUAGAGUGUGCAUAGAGUGUGCAUGUGCACAUCACAAUAGUUGGAUCCACCCCUGCCUUGUAUAAAGGGGUUGCAAAUUUUUAAUUGGAAUCUCAUUCUUCUCUUAGGUUAUGAAUUAUUUAUAACCUAUAAUGUCAUAUUAUAAAGUGAAGUCCAAAAGUAAUUACUAAUUUUGAUCAGA